UGCCCAUUUUUUAUUCCCCAUCCACUCAAGCUUACACAAUCAUAACAACAGCAAACCAUCUAGGAAAUAUCAUCGAUCGUAUCGAAUAAAAUACAAAUUUGGAGGAAAUUCACAAAAUUGUUUCGCUCGCUCUCAAAAAAUUAUUAUGGAGCUGGAAUUUAUCCAUCGUUUAAGCAAUUUGGAACUAUUGGUCAAUCGUCUAGCAAAGUGGACAAACUUUACAAAUUAUACUGACGAAGAAGACGAAGAAAUGAUGGCUUCGGAUAAUGACCAUGACCCAAAAAUAAUUUCUGAAGAAACGGAACACGAUCAGCAGCAUCAUCUUCCCAUAAUCUUGUACAAUAAUGUUGAAGAUGCAGACAUUGGAGAUCACAGUAUUGUCCAUGAAAUAUGUGUUAAAACUGAACCCGGUUCUGGUCAAGAUGAGGACAACAAUCAAGAAGAUGAAUCUCCUCCAAGCUCCAACACUUUUAUUGGAUGCCAAGUUGAAUUUGGAUAUGAGUCUGUUGUUGUUGAAGUGGAUGCUGGACAAGUUGAUCUGGAACAACCUUCAACCACAACUACUGAACCACCGGAAAAUUUGGAUGACAAAAAUUUGCUAGAACUGUCCGAAUAUUGGACGAAUAACCAACAAAAUCAGCCCAACAGUGGAUCUUCCAGUCCUAUCAGAAAAUCUACUAAUUCAAAUGCCAAAAAAGGUACAAAAAGAAGUUUCACCUCAAACAGAAAAAUCACAUCACCACCAACAAAAAAGAAGAAGCAUGGGUCUAAGGGUGUCCCUUCAUCAUCAUUUCCAUCUUCGUCUCGCAAAUCUAAACCAAAUCAAACUCACGAAACAGGAAAGGAUGCAAUUCAUCAGUGCUGUUACUGCGGAGAGCUCGUCAUAGGAGGCGCAUUUAUCUUUCAUUCUCACAUUCGUCAAAAACACCGUCAGUUCGUCGAUUGUAUUACAUGCGUGGGCUGUAAUAGCAAAUUGUCAUCGUUAUUUGCUUUGCGACGUCACCAGGGCAAAUGUGAACUUAUGGUAGACAUAUUAAAGGAGUGGGGUGAAGUCGGAGGUUAAAAAGAAAUAACUAAAUGUAUCAGAUCAAUCAGGAUAAAACCGAACUAUUCUUUAAUUUAAAAUGACACCCUUUUGGACUUCAUAUUUUAAGUGUCAUAUUUGUGAUGUCAACUUCUCAACAAUCUCAAAGCUUGUUUAGUCAUUUGUAUUGUAUUACUUUCAUUUAUUGUAUACUUAUUAAUUACAUAUGAAUUACUAAUUGAUAGACAUUGCAAUAUUUUUUUGUGUUUUUGCUGAGGAAUUUUUGUUACGUGAAUUUUUAUAUAAAUGCUGACCAAUUGCCCCAUCAGAGAGAUACGUCGCAUCACUGCCUCCCUAGUCCCUGCACAUGUUCCUCCCAAAUUACCUUGAUGACUGCAAACACAGCAAUGCCACCAAUUAUUUUAAUUUUGGAAGACCGUGGACGAGUUUAAUGAUGGCAUGAUCGGUCAAGUAAUUGACCACCGGUGUGGAGGAAGGGGGACGGGGGUAAAAAUAUGUAAAUAGCACCAAUUGUCAUAGAAACCUGAAAUUUGGCGAUGGGACGCAAGGGAUCUGGGGAGAAAAAUGUACAGGGACGUGAGUGAUGGACGUAUCUCUCCGCAAUUCGAUACUCGAUAUUUUAAUGAUAAUAUGAUAAUAGUACAUACUAAAUUCAAUGUAACCUGGUGCAAUGUUGUUUAGUCAUUUAGCUAAAUAAUAAUGAUCCAUUUUAACGCAUCAUUUUAUGCAGAAAUACAUUUCUUAUGGAGCUAAAAUUAGUCAAGUCACUCUCAUAACUGUAAUUAAAUUAUAAAAAUCUCGGAAUAAAUUAGAUCUCGUAUAGGGUUAUAAUUGCGCUCUUUUAA